AUGUCAUUGAAAACUUGCAGUCUCCUCCUGGCGACCGUCGGCCUUGCAGCCGCACAGUCCAGUGUCGUUUCUCUGUUUAUUCCCUUUGCCGACCCGCAAUCACUGGUAGCCUCAGUCAUGGGAGAGAGCGCCGGUACCACCACAUACAGCAUUAAUUGCCCUGCGGGCACCGAUAGCUCGGACUGCGGCAUGGGCCCAGGGCUAUACAUGACAGCGGGCCCAACGACAAUGCGAUACAGCAUGAGUGAGCCAGCUGAAGAUUUCUACGAUAGCAUUAUUUGCUCCCUCGGUGGUACUACCACUGCCGCUUGCACUGAGAUCGCGAGCGGCACUGGAGCCAACUUCCCUGGAACCGAGACAGGGACCUUCGCCAAGACCGAUAUUACCAUGCUGGCUGUGACUGUUACCGCUGGUCCCACUGCCACUUCUGCGUCUACCACGACCGACGCGAAACACACCUCUACCGCUGAUAAGACUGGAACGACUGAAGCUGCUGGAACUACUGGAUCCGGCUCUAGUACCUCGGGAGCUGCAUCUACCAGCCAGACCUCUGCGACUAGCACUGGAGGUCUUUCCCGGGUGACUGGCAACCCCGGCAUUGCUCUCGGAGGCGCUGCCAUGGCGCUGGUUGCCGCUGCCCUGUAA